AUGUCCAUUUCACCUAAAUCGAUAAUUGUAACGGGGGCUUCUCGUGGACUAGGUCGUGCUACAACGUUACAACUUCUAAAAUAUUUCAAUAGCAAUGUAAUUGCGGUAGCUCGUUCGGGUAAAGACCUGAAGGACCUAAAACUUUAUGUCGAGAAAGAUUUAGGUUUAAAAGGAAAACUGGAAAUCAUAGAAGGUGACAUUACAGAAGAUAAAGUAGUCAAUCAGGUCGUGCAAAAAUCUUUGGAUACUUGGGGAAGUUUAGACGGAAUUAUUGCUAAUGCUGGAGUUUUAGGACCAGGUAAAAUUGCUGAUACAAACGUGGACUGGAAAAGGGGAUUUGAUGUGAAUUUUUUCUCGGUGAUUACACUUUUCCAAAAAGCAAUUCCACAUCUUCGUAAUUCCAAAGGUCGAAUAAUUACAGUGUCAUCAGGUGGAGCUUUUCAUACUUAUGAUGGUUGGGGAUUGUAUUGUACAUCAAAAGCUGGAUUGUUAAUGCUAACAAAUUGUAUCGCUAGCGAAGAACCUGAUAUAAUCGCAUUAUCAAUUCUUCCCGGGGUAAUUGAUACUAAGAUGCAACAGGACGUUAGAGAAAAAGGAUCUCAAUUCAUGAGACCAGAUGAACAUAAAAAAUUUGUUGAAUUAUACGAGAAAAAGAAAUUGGUUAACCCCGAAUUACCAGGUUACGUUAUGGCCGCAUUGGUCAGUGGUGGAGCCACCAAAGAAAUGAGUGGCAAAUUUUACGAUUACAAUGAUGAAAAAUUAGCAGAUUUUCAGAAGAAAUAG